CAUGUUAGUGUAAGCAUGUGUUGGCGUGUUGCAGUCGACCAAUCAGAAUCGACGUUACAACGCUCGUCAGGUUAUUCAUUUCAAAGAUGUCGGGAAUGCUCGAUUGAGGUUGGCAGACAAUGUUUACAUUUCUCCUCUCCUCAUGUUGCUCUCCUCCACCCGUCUCAACCUGACUCACUUGCACUGACCAAGACAAUCAUGAGGUUCAAUAGCAAAGCGCUUGCAAGUCUUUCCUUGCAGACCAACACCAAGUUUGAUAAAGAAGGUAUUGUAUGGAUGAAAGACAAACAAGAUGGACUUUUUAAGAAAGGUGAAGCCUUUGUGGAAAGAUUCUGUAGACUAAAGGGGAAUAUGCUGUUUUAUUUCAAGAGUAAAGAGUUCACAAACACAGAUCCAUUGGGUGUGUUGAUUAUUGAAAGAUGUACAGUAGAAUUAGACACAGACGAUGACAACUUACAUGGAUUCAUGCUAGUAUAUGAAGGAGAUGAAAAUCCUGUCCAUUUUGCCACACGCACAGAAGAACAGAGGGAUCAGUGGAUUCAGACAUUACACAUCGCUAGUUACGAGUGUCUCAAAAUGCAGCUGCAAAGUUUACGGGAACAGUUGGUUAGCAAAACAGGUCACGAUCCACUUGAUAGAAUGCCUCAACAAGAUACGUGCUCCACCAACCCUCCAGAUCUUUCUGGUGAAGAACCAUGUGUUGAGAUAUGCAUCGCUGCUAAAGAUUUACCCAACGACCGGACUGGACAACCUCCGAACCCUUUCGUCAUGAUAACGACAAUCACUCCACCUCAACAGACGUGGACCUUAAACAGCCACACUGAAAUCAUUGAGAGAAGCAAUGAUCCACAAUUUCUGAAGACCAUUGGUUUUGGGACGAACAUCAAACUGAAGACACGAGUAAAGUUUACGGUUUAUCACGUCAAUGAAAGGAUGACCAACACAAUGUCACAGUUGGGUUAUGUGAUGUUUGAUCUGAAGUCACUUCUGGCGAAACCUGAUAAAAAAUUGCAUUUACCAUUAAUGUCCCCUGAUUCUUCUCCUGCUGGUCAAAUACAAAUUACUGCUUGGGUCCACGAUGAAUCCAUUCUUAUUGAAGAUAAUUCCAGGGGUUCUGUUAGUUAUGGAGAGAAAUUGCAGAAUCGGGGUUUGGGUAAUUUGAAAAUCAUGUUCUUUAACCCGAUCAAGAAGACGUUUCGGUUUGACACGAACAAAGCAAGAAUGCAGUUGUUUGUCCAAGAAGUGAUGGCAGAGUUUAAGUGGAACUACACACUCCCACUCCAGCUGCUGAAGCUCUUCAUUGAAGAAGAACGGGAGAGAAUUAAUAUGCUCCAAGACCUUGGUGAGCUGCCCAUUACUUUAGAAAGCCAACAGCAAGCCUGGAUCUUGGCCAUAGCCAUUUCGACCGGCCUUUACACCGAAGCUGUCGACCAACUGGUGUGCCGGGCCAUACCAGGGGAAGUAACUGCAGAAUCGUUGUUCAAAGCAAGCAGUAUCAAGGCUGACAAGGAGUAUGAGUUUGUACCCAUCAACCUCCACUUACAGAGAAUGCAACUAAUUGAUGAGAAUACCAAUACAACUUGUUGCUAUGACUGCAUCACUCAUGGUUCUCUAGCAGCUUUCUCCCAGAAAUUCAAAUCUGGUGGACUUCUACGUAUUCUUGAGGAUCUACGAGAGACGCGUGCCCCAGAGGGUUGCCAUGGCAAGCAGUCGAAACUCGACAGAGCCUGCCAUUUGCUGAACUGCUUGGCAUCUCUGAAACAUGCUGUACACUUCCGGUGUUCGCGGCUGUGCCGUGUUGCAAUGCAAGGAACUGCAGCGGAGCUGAAAGAAGCAAUGGAACAACUAAAUCUCCAGGUCAAAGAACUUGUCAAAUUGUGCGACAAUCCAAUAUUCAAUGAGGCAUCGGCACAGCACAUGCGAGCAAGGACGGAGGCAUCAAACGCUGCAAUGGCUCUGCAGAUGUCUUCACAGAACCAGCUCUCUGCCACAGCAACAUCAUCCAAUCUUCUGCAAGCAGAACCAACAGCAGCAUCCAAUUCUGACGAUGCCAAGGGAACGGAUAGUAAUAACUGGCGUUGGACUGGCAGUAAUUUUGUGCGGAGUCCAACAAUGGAACCGUGGGACAUGUCUUGUGUGAACACGGAGGCUGCCACAAUGUGUCUGAUGUCGCUUGUGGACGAUUUGAUCCAGAAUAAGAACAACCCCAUGGACAUACCGAAAUGGCUGAGUGAAAUCAGCCCACGGGUGAUUGAACUUCAGAAAUUUAUUGAGAUACUUUUCAAACGAGCCAAUCUGUCUCUAACAUUCUUACUACUGCUGGAAAACCGAGAACAUGUCCCCUUGUUACAAACAAUAAAAUACCGACGAGAUAUAUCAUUCAGUCACGCAGUAACCGUAGCUACGGCUGGCUUUAUUUCCAAGAUCUAUGAGAACCUGGAGAAUGCCCAGUUCCUGGAACAGCUCUACAAAGUUGGGGUUCUGCUGCACUUUGAAGGUCUAGUGAGCUGCCAUGCUGAGGAGAUGGGCAUCAUUGAAGAUAUGUCUGUUGCCGUAGAAGAUCUUGCCAGCAUCAAGUUCAAACUGACACGAAAAGAUGAGAUUCAAGAAUUACAGCCAUCACUUCAACUUACAGAUUUUGUAAAAGAGGGCAGGUAUCCUGAUAUGAAUAGACACUCAGUGGUGGUUUGUAUUCCCUUGUUGAGCCACAUGUUUGACAAACUUCCCAGCAAACUCCAAAGUGGCCACCACAUCAAUGUCUCCACAUCUUACUUCAAUGUUGGAAUCAAUGAACUUGCUACCUUAGCAGAAAAAUUUGGAAGUACUGCCCUCCAAGAUGAUAUUAAUAAAAUGGGUUUCAAAAAGAUGAAUGACUACUUUGAGGCUUACAGCAAGGCUUGUGGAGAUCCAGACAGUGAUCUGAGUGGUACAGUGGCUGGCAGAACAACAGAACUGAUCCGGCAAUUACAGUACAACGUGUUGUCAAAGAAGAGUAAGAAUGUGGACAUCUUACAUAUUUCUUCUGAGAUCACUCGCAAGUUAAACGGAGUGCGCUUCAUUUGCUGUAAGAGCGGUAAAGAUCGGACCAGCAUGUCAGCCACCCUGGAACAGGUUCAACUCCUGCAACGGGAACACAACCUUGCUCCCCAUGUGUUUAUGCAAGCUUUGGACUGCUUCCGAAGCGAAGGGACCCGGCGAGAGAACACUCUGAAGAACGUUGGUGUGCGGAAGUACAAUUUCAAUUCAUUACAGAUGCUUUCAAUCCCCAGGUUGUACAGGGCACCGAGAGGGACUUAUGGAAAUACUUAAUGGAAAGGAAAAUCCUCAAUAAAUAUUGUCUGAAUAUA